AUGAAGUCGCCCUUCCCAAAGUCCACGUCCUCGCCCGGAGAGGGCCGUAUUGUGGUCAAAUCGUCACCCAAUAGAGUGUCUGCUCUGGAGAGCAUCACGUAUCAGUACCCUUUGAAGCUGAUCUCUCCAUCGUUCAAGCAUGAUCAGAAGAGUGUCCUGGUUUUCCUCCUAUCGUACGGCGGUGGUCUGGUCGGUGGAGACCAGGUCAACCUUGCUAUCGACUUGCAGCCAGACGCAAGACUGAGCAUUGUGACCCAAGGGCACACCAAGGUCUUCAAACCAACUUCUCCAAAUAUAGUUACCAGACAGACCCUGCAAGUCGAGAUCCUCGAUGGGGCUGGCCUGUGUCUCUUGCCAGAUCCCGUGCAGCCUUUUGAGGCUAGCAAUUAUGAGCAGACCCAGAUAUUCAAGCUCACCGGCGGCGCCUCUCUCUGUUUGCUAGAUUGGGUGACCCAUGGUCGGUCCGCGCGAGGAGAGAACUGGGACUUGCUUCGAUGGGUCGGCCGCAACGAGAUCUGGAUGUCGAACAAGACCAACGAGUCUAAGGACAGGCUUCUCGUGAGGGAUACAGUCAUCCUCGAUACCACACCUCAAGCAGCCCCUUCAGCACCGCUGCGAGAUACAAUGCAUGGUAAUGCCAUCUUUGGCACCUUGCUCUUGCGUGGGCCAUUGACAAAAUCCUUGGGCGAGUUCUUCCUUUCGGAGUUUGCUGCGCUACCCAGACUGGGUGCGAGAGAUUUCCGCACGGCAAAGGAGAAAGCAGCAGAAGAGUCAGGCUCCCCAUUGGACAGAUGGCGGGUUUCCAGGCUUGCUCAAGAAUCCUUGGACAACGUGCUUUGGUCUGCUGCCCGUGUCAGGGGCUGCGUGGUGGUCAAGUUUGGAGCCUCGACGGUCGAGGCUGGUAGGAAUUGGAUUGGAUCCAUGCUCAUUCAGGAAGGAAGUACGGCCGCCAACUUUGGGGAGGAUGCCCUCAUGUGCGUCCGCUAA